AAAAAAGAAGUCAGAGAUGGAGAGCUAGGUUUUAUAGAGCAAAAAGAAGAGUAAGAACUAAGAAGGUUGGAUCUGGGACUUCACUACCUUGCCUCUUCGGAGCUUGCAAAUGGCAAAUUCUCCAUCCUCUUCCUCUUCUGGGCUUUCACCAUGCGCCAAAAGCCAUUUCUCUUCCUCUUCCCCUUUCUAUAUAUAUAUAUAUAUAUCUAUAUUGCCCUAAUUGUCGCAUCAUUCAGCGACUUAGGGCUUGCCUUCGAUUGCGUAGCCUCGCUUUCUCCGCCGCCUCUCUCUCUUUGUAACUGAGCAGAAAUGUCAACCAUGUCAACUGCAAAGCUUUCCACCCACUUUAUGUACAAUGCACCAUGUAAAAAUCGACUCAGAAGCACCAUUAUCAAGUGUCCAUCAUCAAUCAGUUCUAUGAGCAACAUUUCGAAAUUCUUCGGCCUGAAAUCCCGUCCCUCAUUUAGAGCCUGUGCAAUGGCAGUUUACAAGAUUAAACUUGUUGAACCAUCUGGGACAGAGCAUGAGUUUGAAGCAUCUGAUGAUGCAUACAUUCUUGAUGCAGCUGAAGAAGCAGGAAUAGACUUACCUUAUUCUUGCAGGGCAGGUGCGUGUUCUACGUGUGCUGGGAAAAUGGUUUCGGGUUCAGUUGAUCAGUCGGACGGAUCGUUCCUUGAUGAUAGUCAAAUGGCAGAGGGCUAUUUGUUAACCUGUGUUUCAUUGCCAACUGCAGACUGUGUGAUUCACACACACAAGGAAGGAGAGCUGCUAUGAGUAGGAUAGUGUGUUUGAGUGAUACAGAGUGCCUUGUUUCAUUGUUUUUAUUCGUAAUGUCAUAUUAUUGAGAGAGAGAGAGUGAGUGAGAGAAAUAAAUCGUAUGUAUGAACUUUCACUUCAUGCAUUUUCCUUGUUAUUUAUUAGUAACAUUAUGCACGAGAAAUUUUGUAUAGUUUUCUUUGAACUUAUGGACUUUGACAUUCUGAUUUUAUCAUA